AUGGUCUCCUUCAGAUCUGUCUUUCUCCUCUCGGCCGUCUUCGCCGCUGCCUCUCCCGUCAAUAACUCCAACUUGGCUGAUGCAUGCUAUGAGGAUAUUAGCCAGAUCGAUACCGGCAUACGUGGCUUGACCGAGCUCGUCAGGCCAUAUCAAGGCGGUCUGCUGAGCCUUUUACCGCUGGCCCCGGACGCUUUCGGCGCAGGUCUUGGCGUAGCCAAUGGCGUUCUUCACUCCUCUCAGCUGCCGAACCCGCUUUCGCUGGACGAUCUACUACAUUUGACGCAACACGUGAACAGAACAUUGGCAGUGGACAAUCCUAUCUUCUUCAAACUGCUUGUGGACAAGAAAGAUCAGUUUGUUCAGUCCGGGCUGCAGCUCCCCGUGCAGCUCAUAUUGAAGAUUAUUCUGGCCCUUCACUUGAGCUUCUCUGACAAUGUCCUCAAUCGUGCUCCGUUAGAGACUCCAGCUGCUGCCUUGUCCACUGCAUGGGCUGAUAUCAAUCUCAUCACCAAUGCGAUUCAGGUCAGCAUCAAUGCUUACAGCUAG